AUGACAGAAGCCUUCGAAACGCUGCGAGAUUCGAAGAAGCGGUACUGGUACGACCUCUCCCUCAGGUCCGAGGAGUUCCUCGCCUUCUGGACGUCCUGCUUCAAGGCUGCCAGCGGCAACGGCAAACUGGCCCAGCUGCUGGCGUUCCUGUUGCGGGUAGGAGCUGCAGCUGCCGCGUCGUGCAUGAUCGCGUUCGGCGUGAAGCUGCACAUCAUCGCCGCCCACACGCUCUACCGAGUGCUCUACGCCAACCUCCAUCACUGGAAGUUCGUCGCCGUCAUCGCCUUCGCCCUUCUCUUCCGCUCGUUCGUGCUCGACGGGUCCUUCUGA